AUGGCUGCAACAGUUUCACUCUCUUUCUCCUUAGAUAAACAACCACAACACCACCACUUUCCCCACUUCAGACCCCACCAAACUCUUCCUUUCACUUCCUUACCUCUUUUCCCCAAAGACCCACUUCUUACUAUUGCUCACAAACACAACCGCUACGCUUUCAAAUCCUCUUCUUCUUCCUCCCACUCCACUCCUUCAACAAUAGCAACAACAAGCUCUUCUUUUCUCAAAGACGCAUUUCGAACAGGUCAGUUUAUAAGCAAUGAAGAGCUUGAAAAGCUCAAACUCCUCAAGGAUUUCAGGUAUUAUCAGGAACUGAAAUCUGGGUCAUUAUGGAUUCAGAUGAUGAGCGCAGAGGAGAUGGACAUCACAGUUGCUUUGCUCCGUUUAUUUGAUUUAGGGAUUGGGUUUCUUUUGGUUGUUGGGGUUACUGCAGCAUUGAGAACGGCAGGUCUAGAAUCAUCAAAUCUUAUCGUUGGAAUUGAUUUCACUAAAAGCAAUGAAUGGACAGGCAAAACCUCAUUCAACAACCGAAGCCUGCAUGCCAUUGGAGAUACACCUAAUCCAUAUGAGAAGGCAAUCUCUAUCAUUGGGAAGACUUUAUCCCCUUUCGAUGAAGACAACUUAAUUCCUUGUUUUGGUUUUGGUGACGCGACAACUCAUGAUCAGGAAGUGUUUAGUUUUCACAAUGAUCAUACACCUUGCCAUGGUUUUGAAGAAGUUUUGUCCUGCUACAAAAAAAUAGUUCCUAACUUGCGACUUGCAGGGCCAACUUCUUAUGCUCCGGUAGUUGAGGCUGCAAUUGACAUUGUAGAGAAAAGUGGUGGACAGUACCAUGUACUGGUUCUCAUUGCUGAUGGCCAGGUUACAAGAAGCGUCAAUACAAGUGAGAAAGAACUAAGUCCACAAGAAGAGCAAACAAUCAAAUCAAUUGUCAAUGCGAGUUCAUAUCCACUCUCAAUUGUUCUUGUCGGAGUUGGUGAUGGACCCUGGGAAGACAUGAAGAACUUUGAUGACAAGAUCCCUGCACGUGAAUUUGAUAAUUUUCAGUUUGUUAACUUCACUGCAAUUAUGUCUAAAAAUGUAUCGCCCUCAGAGAAAGAAACAGCUUUUGCUCUAGCUGCCCUAAUGGAGAUCCCCAUCCAGUACCAAGCAGCAAGGGAACUUGGCAUACUUGGACGUGCGACAGGAAGAGCAAAGAAAAUUGUUCCACGCCCUCCUCCAGUUCCGUACAGUCGUCCUCAAAUGCCAACUCCUCAGCCAAGCAGCCUUCCAUCAACGGAGGCAGAUGAACGAAACCAGGCGGUUUGCCCUAUUUGUUUAACGAAUGCAAAGGACUUGGCCUUUGGCUGUGGGCACCUGACUUGUCAGGACUGUGGAGCUAGAUUGAGUAACUGUCCAAUAUGUCGUCAACCGAUCAGAAACCGUCUCAGGGUGUUCACGGGGUGAUGGAGAAGAAAGAUUGUCUAACUGUCUGAUAUGCCGUCAACCGAUAAAAAAUCAUCUCCCCCAUCCAAACAAAAAUCAAGUGUACAUUAGACUGCACAUAUCUAGGCGUUCUAUCAAGAAAAACUAUUCAAUAUUUUGGAAGUAGUGUUUCUGUCUUCUGACAUAAUUUCAUUAUAUGUUAAUUAGUAAAAUCCACUAUUAUGUGAGAGGAGAGAGCAUUAUUUCAUGAGUAUUGAAUAAUUUCCCAUGUCAGAGCUUGUUUGGAUUUGGAUUUGGAUUUGGGACCCUAGAUCCUAUCUGUAAAGUUUCUGUUUCAUACCUUGAUGUGUGGCAGUAUCCAUUUGUAAUGUUAAGUUGUUAACUAUGAUAUUUCAUGUUCCUCUUUAUCGUUUCCAA